GCACGUCUUAGCGCGCCGACUCGCACCGAUCUAGUCGACUACGAUGGCGGCGCUGAUGAGGCAUGGCGGUCUCAUGAAGCGGCCCCCAAGCGGGGCUUUCGCGCCCCUGCAUCCGCUCCCGUUUGCUACAAAGGCCGAGAAGAAGAAGGGUAUCGACAAGAAGCAGCCCCCAAAAAUCAACGCUUCGCAACAGUCUCUCGCGGCGAAAGGAUUCUUGAGGCCUUACGAUCCCUACACACCACCAAAUGAUGUCAACACGAAGCUUGACACGAUUUUCGAGAAAGUUCUGGGGGCCACAGAGGGUGACACCAACAUACUAAACCUAGCGCAAAAAUUCGACUUGUGCAUGGCCUGUGCCAAGGAAUUCGAUAGAGCUAUUCCAAACUCUGUUUUGCAUUCAAUUCAAACUUUAAACGAUGUUAGAAACUUUUACCAAACUCCAGUUGACAAUGUUACCCCCUUGGAUAAAAUGCGGAACAUGGACUUGCCGGAAAAUUUGCAUGUACAAUACGAAUAUCACCGAUUCCACCCAGAAACUGACAAACUCUUCAAGGGACAAACGGCUUAUAACCGAGAAUCAACUCUAGUUACAGGCUUAAAAUAUAAAGAUAAAUACAAAGGGUUCAUAGAACGGCAAGAGUGGCCCUUUACUUCAUAAAUGUAGUCUUGGUUAAUUGAAUAAAAUAUUAGAAAAAAAAAUAUUCUACACCCCGAAGCAUAUGCAACCAGUAAUUCACAAAUUGACAUUUCUCAGCGUCCAGUGGCGUAACAACCACAAGGUUCUAAAUAUUUUAUUUUGUAAAUAAUUAACGAAAUGAUACAAAUUUUAUAUAACAAACAAAAUAAAUAUAUUUGCGAAGCACA